GAUGAACUAUAUAUAAAAAAAACAAUUAAGAUGAACUAUAUAGAAAAAAAAACAAUUUUUUGGAGAAAAGCAUGUUACAUGCCACAAUAGUACAAUCUCAUGGUCAAAGAUAAUUCAAUUCUUUCACUUCACCAACAGUCAAAUUCAUAUAAGAAAACGAAUAUUGUGAUGCAGCAAGAAAGACCACCACUACCACUAAAGGAUGCAUAUGAUUGAUUGCUUCAAUCACUAUUCUCUCUAUUAAACUACUUUUUCUUCUUCUUCUUCCCAUCCUUUCAAAUUACUAAACUUUAUUAAUUUAAUUUCACUUGCUUAUCACCCACCAUUUUCAAUCCUAUUAUUCCUCAUCAGACUUUCAAAUUCUGUUCUUCAAUCUUUCUUCAAAAUCCCCAACUUCUUCUUAUUAUUAUUAGCUUGUUUCUGCAAUUUCCCACAUGGAUGGAGUGAUUUGUUCAUAGAUUCUUCAAGAUUCUUCAUAACCCAUAAUUGGGAUUCCGAUCAUAAUCCGGUCAGAUGGAUUCUCCGGUGACCGGAAACCGGCAUCAGAGCCUGAGCAGAAACCGGACAAUGGAGAAAAGAGAUGAUACAUCUUUGCAUAUAGCAGUGAGAGCAGGGGAUGUGGAUUCGGUUAUGGAGAUUUUGAGUAGUACAGGAGAACAAGAAUUGAAAGAAUUGUUGUCGAAAACGAAUCAAUCUGGCGAAACAGCUCUUUAUGUGGCUGCAGAAUAUGGUUGUGUGGAUUUUGUUAGAGAGAUGAUGAAGUAUUAUGAUUUGGAGGCUGCUGGGAUCAAGGCGAAGAACGGGUUUGACGCGUUUCAUAUCGCGGCGAAACAAGGCGAUCUUGAGAUAUUGAAGGUUCUUAUGGAAUCACAAUCCGAGCUUUCAAUGACGUUUGAUCAAACGAACACAACGGCAGUACACACGGCUUGUGAACAAGGUCAUAUCGAGGUGGUCAAAUUCUUAUUGGAGAAAAAUAGUAGUAUGGCGACUAUAGCCAAAAGCAACCAUAAAACCGCCUUACAUUCUUGUGCACGAAAGGGUCAUUUGGAUGUAAUGAAAGCGCUUUUGGAGAAAGUACCCGAAAUCGCCACUAGAGCGGAUAAAAAGGGACAAACCGCUCUUCAUAUGGCUGCUAAAGGACAAAGUGUUGACAUUGUUAAUGAACUUAUUGCGGCUGAUGAUGGACUCAUAAACAUGGUUGAUAAAAAGGAGAACACUGCGUUACAUAUAGCUACACGAAAGGGUCGCUUAGAGAUUGUUCUAGCACUGCUAAGUCACAAGGAAACAAUACAAAAAGACGCCAUCAACAAAUCUGGAGAAACCGCACUCGAUACUGCAGAGAAAUUUACCCGACCCGAUAUCGCAACCGUCUUACGAGAACACGGAGUUGUGAAUGCAAAGUCAUUGAAAAAACCACCACCAAUGAACCCCGCGGCUCGGGAACUCAAACAAACUGUAAGCGACAUAAAACACGAGGUCCAUGACCAACUCGAGCACACGCUCAAAACUCACAAACGCGUUAAAGGGAUCGGAAAACGUAUAAACAGAAUGCACCAUGAAAGCCUCAACAAUGCCAUCAACUCCACCACUGUUGUGGCGGUUUUGAUCGCUACGGUAACCUUUGCAGCCAUAUAUCAACUGCCCGGACAAUACGCCGAUGGAUCAUCGGAACCGCCCCAACCGCCCCCUGUUGAUAAAACGUUAGGUGAAGCAAACAUAUCUGGAAAUCCCGAGUUUAUCGUUUUCUUGAUCUUCGACUCACUUGCGCUAUUCAUAUCGCUAGCGGUGGUGGUGGUUCAGACGUCAAUCGUGGUGGUGGAACGACGGGCUAAGAAACAAGUGAUGGCGGUUAUCAAUAAGUUAAUGUGGUUAGCAUGUGUUUUUGUUUCGGUAGCGUUUCUUGCUCUUUCGUUUGUCGUUGUGGGAAACGAGAGGUGGUUGGCGGUUGGGGUGGCGGUUAUAGGGUCAGUGACAUUGGCAUCAACACUAGGAACAAUGUGUUACUGGGUGAUCAUGCAUCGGAUCGAGGCUAACAACUUAAGGAGUAUACGUCGGUCGGCGAGGAGUAGCAAGUCGCUAUCGGGAUCGGUUUCCAUACACUCGGAUUCCGAAAAUGAUGAUUUCAAGAAACUAUAUGCCAUCUGAUUCUUCACUGCUAAUGAACCAUUGUUCUGUUAUAAAUGCAAAUAAAAAUACCAUGUUUUGCAAGAAUAAAUGAUUUUGGACAAAGUUUUUCAAAACUUUGCAAUUCUUGCAAAGUAUAGGGUUCUUUUUGUAUUUUAACAUAAAUGAGGGUUUGUUUAGAGCAAAUUGUCAAAGUAUGAUGGUUUAAAAGUUAAACCUGAGGGUAUCUUAUUGCAACUUAGUUGUUGUAUCAAAUCAGCUACAAGUUCAUAUGUAUAUAUAUAUAUAUAUUUCCAGAGGGAGAGAGAAGGCAUGCAUGUUUUGAGAUGCUGCUAUAUGCAUUAGUUGUUGUACUAUUUUGUAUGUGCAUUGAUGGUUGUACUCUAGGUUGGGUGGGUCUUAAUAUGCUACACCUGGGAUUGUUCUUAUUGUAUGUAUUUUAGUAUAUAGUAAUGGUUAUAAAAGUGUAUUGAGGUUCUAA